AUGCCUACGAUCGAAUCACCCAGCGGUGAAAGCACACCCGUGCACGUCCUGGGGGACGCCACGUACGCUAUAGAAGGCGACGUCUGUGGCGUCCACGGCACUCUCUGUCCGCGCGUCGGCGACAUUGCGAUCGCAGACUGCACCCCGUUUCUACCGAGCUAUGUGCCAAGCGUCGGGUGUGUCGCCCCGUCCAACGCCGUUUGCAGCAUCGUCGCCUCCGUCGUCGAGAGCAGCGCCGCCAGCUACUACGCUUGCGUGUUUCCCAUCGGUGGCAGUACGAAGCAAGUCGAAGACAAGUUUGCGUCCGAAGAUUCGACCGACAAGACCGCUGUACCGACGACGCCAACGACAACUUUUGCCCUCCUUGUCAUUUCCGCGGCGUGUACUUGUCUCGCACUUGCCAUGGUCGUCGUUGCUGUAAUCACCAAAGCCAAAGCCAAGCGCGUGAAGAGUCAGCAAGCGGCUCAAGCGCGCGCGAUCGUCGACCAAGCGCUCGUUCCAUCGAGCGAUGAUGAGAGCGGUGCUGAAGUCAUUCUGGUAUAGCUCUUAUUGGCAUCGAUGUUCAACGUUGAAGCCCAAGUGGUAUAUUCCA